AUGUCAGAGACGAAGAUCUCCGAACCAUGGCGCAUCUCUCUGGCAGAGCUUGUGACGAUGAGGAGUCUCAGGAUGGAGCUGACUGUGGUCCGGUAUACAUCCGCCAUGGCUCAGACGCCUUGGUUGAUGACUCUGCGAAUCCUCUCGCAUAUGCACGGGAAUCAGUGCCCUGGCAAUUGCGUCACUCUGAAUUCCGUCCUUGCGGCGGCCACGAGAUCUGCACAAUGGGUAUUCGGCUUUCGGCUUUUGCAAGACAUGAGAUCGGCUGGCGUGGUACCCAGCGUCGUCUCGUUCGGAACGGGGAUCACUUUGAGCAGGGGCUUCAAGUGGCGUCAGGGCUUCCUCCUACUGCAGCAGCUUCCAAAGCGAUCGUUGCAACCAAACACGGUGACGGCCAAUGCCGCUCUAUCGUGCGUUUCAGCUGCAAGUGCUCCCAACACAGGCAAUGCAGGAAAGGCGGCGGAUGGCUGGAGCGCUGCAAUGGACGCGUACAGCCAGAUGCACCAACUGAGCAUCGAAACCAGUGCAGCGACCACUGGCUCUGUGAUCCACCUUGCUCGAUUCUUGAGACGAUGGCAGAUGGCUUUUCAAUUCAUGACACUCGAGAAACGGCUCUGCAAAGUAGAGCAUGGCUCCGUGAGCCGGAUCUCCUUCAACUCGGCGAUCAGUGCCUGCGAAGCCGCGUCGCAGUGGGACGCAGCACUGGGCAUCUGCGAGUCCAUGGAUCGCGGCGAUGGUGUGACCGUCAGCGCAUGCAUUUCCGCCUGCGAGAAGGGGCAAAGGUGGAUCAGAGCAGUCGACCUCGCUCGGUUUUUGCCUCAAAUGCUCACUGUGCGGAAACCCACUCGUGGUGAGCUCCAAUGUCGUGCCAUAGCCCUCGCAGCGUGCAUCAGUGCAUGUGAGAAGGGCCUCCAAUGGCAAAGAUCUCUGCAAACGGCCUCUGAUUUGCGGCCUUUUCUCGACUCCCAGAAGGCAUCCAAGACUCUUCCAUACAAUGCAGCAUUGUGCUCCUUGGGCCGGGGUGUUCGCUGGGAACUGGCGGUGAGCAUAGUUCGCUGGCUUCCGAUGUCUACUCUUCGUCCCAGUCUCGAGUCUCUGAACGCUUGCGUCGGAGCCCUGCGCACUGCGCAGGAGUGGUCGAAAGCUAUGUCAGCUUGGUUGACCUUGGAGCAUUCAGCUCUCAUGCCAUCAGUCGUAACUAUGGCUGCAUCUACUGCCAUAAUCUCUGGCCGAGCAGCAUGCAAUGCUCUCAUCUCUGCUUGUGCAGAACCAUUGCGAUGGAGACAGGCUAUCUGCCUCUUCGAGAUCAUGGGUCCUGAUCGAGUCUCCUUCAAUUCCCUCGCCUCUGUGCUGGAGAGAAGCCGCUUGUGGCGUCUGACUAUGGGGCUCCUACCUCAACUGCGUGCACGGCUUUUGGAGCCUGAUCCCUUCACCGAGGAGGCCGUCGUCUCUGCGGCUCAGCGAGCCGGAGCUUGGCGGCAGGUGCUGGCGACUCUGCACACUGGCAGUGCGCAACCGCCCGGCGCCGCAAUCAUGGGCAUCGUCUUCUCUGCACUUUCCUCGGCGGGGCAGAUGGAGCUAUGGCCCAAGGUGCUUCAGCUUCUGCAGGAUCUGAAAGACACCGAAGUGGAGGCGGAUGCAUCGGUUCUCGGUACAGUUUGCGAGCUCUUCGUGGGAGCAGGGCGGCAUGCAAUGCAGACGGCUCCCUACAUCCACGGCCUGCACCUGCUUGAGAGGAUGCAGCGGGGAACGGAAAGCUGGCUGAGUGCUUCCGGACAACCGGUGAUAGCACCGUAG